CCCAGCCAAGCUUGUUAGCUUAACCUCACAACUUCUUACAGCGCUUUUGGAAAAUCACUUCCUCAAAGCUUAGCUAGCUAGUGCCCACUUUUUUUCUGGCAUGUUGAAAAGCUGAUGAUGGCUGAAGGCAAGAAGCAGAAGCAGCAGCAAUCAAGCCACUGCCUCUACGUCACAAAGUUCUUUCAGAAAAGCACUUCCUCAGAGCUGUCACACAAAUUUCCUUUAAGCCCAGAUAAAGAACCAGUUGAUAGAAAACGUGAUGUCGCAAAGAAACCUGGUGGUUGGAAGGCCAUGCCUUUCAUCUUAGGAAAUGAUACGUUCGAAAGGUUGGCUGCUAUUGGUUUGUUGGCAAACUUUAUGGUGUACUUGACGAGGAUGCUACACCUGGACCAGGUUUCCGCUUCCAACAUUAUCAACGUCUGGUCUGGUUUGACCAACUUCGCUCCUCUCCUUGGCGCCUUCAUCUCCGACGCCUACGUCGGCCGCUUUCGGACUAUUGUUUUUGCGUCCAUUUCCUCUCUCAUGGGCAUGGCGACAGUUACUUUAACAGCGUGGCUUCCGCAGCUGCAUCCUCCGCCAUGCAGCCUUCAACAGCAAGCACUGAGUCAGUGCACCGGUCCAACCCGAGCUCAACUCGGUCUGCUGCUAUCGGGUCUAGGGUUUCUAUCCAUAGGCACAGCUGGCAUCAGGCCAUGCAGCAUCCCAUUUGGCGUUGACCAGUUUGACCCAACCACAGAAGAAGGAAAGAAAGGAGUGAAUAGCUUUUUCAACUGGUACUAUGCCACGUUCACAGUGGUCUUACUCCUCUCCCAAACCGUAGUGGUUUACAUCCAAGACAAAGUCAGCUGGAGUUUAGGGUUUGGGAUCCCAACUGUGCUCAUGGCUUGCUCGAUCCUGCUUCUGUUUAUCGGGUCUAGGGUUUACGUGCAUGCAAAGCCACAGGGCAGUAUGUUCUCUGGGAUUGCACAAGUACUUGUUGCUGCUCAUAAGAAACGCCACAUUGAGCUUGCGGAAGAAGCAGAAAUUAUAGAUGUUGACAAAUUCUAUCAUCCUCCAAUAUUCAAGGGGUAUUACGCAUCUACGCUCCCACUCACCAACCAGCUCAGGUUCUUGAACAAGGCUGCUGUAAUAUUGGAUAACGAUUUGAAGCCUGAUGGUUCUCCGGUCGAUAACUGGAGGCUGUGCAGCGUGCAACAAGUGGAAGAACUUAAAUGCGUAUUAAAAACAAUCCCGAUAUGGGCAUCGGCCAUAGUUAGCCUGACCGCCAUGACACAGCAGGGUACCUUUACUGUGUCCCAAGCCCUAAAAAUGGACCGUCAUCUCGGCGCUAACUUCGAAGUCCCAGCUGGGUCCAUCAGCGUCAUCUCCUUUCUCACCAUUGGCCUCUGGCUUCCAAUCUACGACCGGAUUCUAGUCCCAUCCCUCAGAAAAAUCACAAAGCGCGAAGGUGGGGUUACAGUCCUGCAAAGAUGUGGAAUCGGGAUCAUAUUCUCCGUCCUGUCGAUGACAGUGGCCGGAGUAAUUGAAAAGGAGAGAAGGAACUUUGCCAAUUUGCACCCUGCCGCACACGUGUCAUUCCUCUGGCUGGCCCCACAACUUAUACUGAUGGGGCUCUGUGAGGCGUUCAAUAUGAUAGGUCUGCUGGAGUUUUUCAACCGGGAGUUCCCCGACCACAUGCGCAGUAUUGGAAAUGCCCUCGUGUCUUGCUCCUUUGCUGGUUCGAGCUACUUGAGCAGUUUGGUGGUCAAUGUGGUGCACCAUGUUAGUGGGACAGAGAAGCACCCGGAUUGGUUGACCAAUGACAUCAAUGCGGGGAGAUUGGACUACUUCUACUUCCUAUUGGCUGGGAUUGGGGUUCUGAAUUUUCCCUACUUUCUAUAUUGUGCACAACGGUAUCAUUACAAAGCCACAAAUGUGUACGUAGAUGAGGAGAAGCCGUAUGAUAGUGAUCAUGUGUAGUUAGGUUCAACCAAUCAUUAUAUAUGGCUAUGUAUGUGUGCAAAUAAAACUCAAUCAAAUCGAAUCAAACUGCUUUGAUCAGAAUUAGAUAUAUACCAGGAAGAUGUAGUGUAAUUUUUCACAUUAUGUGAGUUGUAACAUGGUAUGGCUUUAGUAUAUUCAUAACGAAAAUUAAUGAUAAGGGUUUAAAACUUUGGAUUUUAA